AUGGUCAAAAGCUUGGAAGAGGCACUUCAUCGGAUAUCUGAGCUAGAAGAAAAGAUAGAAAACCAGCAGAUAAUAAUCAAUGCUCUUGUGACACACACAAAGAAUCUCAUGAGAGGUGAUAAAAGUACGACCUUGAGGAGGGAUUACGGAGAGCAGGAGAGAGAUGAGGCUAAUGGGGCUGUUUCCCAAGACAUGGCACGGCUUGAGCUUAGGAAAGGAGAAGAAAGAAAGAGCAGAGAGAGCAACAUACCUUUUGAGCAGGAGGUUGAGGACCUAUUCAGGGGAGAUAAGGUAUCGAAGCAGUUCAAGGAUGCCUUUACAAUUGACUCUCUCCUGCUCUACUCCAGGGAAGCGCAUAGCUUUUCAUUGAACACCAGAACAGAGGCGAAGAUGAAGAGGUCCUUCCAUGUGAAUGUUAAGCAACAGAUUGACAAGAUUGUAAGGCAUAUGAUGGUGAACUUGAACAUAUAUGAUCUCAACACUAUCUGCUCAACACUUAACCUGAUUUCUGGGGAUGUGGAGUACCAACACAAGCUGGUGAUUGCCCAUGACAUUAUUCUCUUCAUAGAUGAUUUUUCAAGGAUACCAUUCAUCGUCUCCGCCCUAUUCAACAACCAGGGAAUCCGUGACGAUGUGUUAGGAAGCACUAUAAAGGAAAUUCUGCUGCACCAGUGUAUGGUCGACAGUGACAUUAACAAGAAUCACCCACACAUUCUAGGGUACUAUAACAAGAUAAUCGACAAUUUUGAACUCCGCUCAAAAGAAAAGUCCUUGAAGGAUGUAUGUGCCAGGCUGAUAGGGAACUUCAAUGUUUUUGAGGAUGGUGCCUUCAACCCUGCAAUAUUCCCAAGCAUGUAUUCCAUAAGAGCUCUGUGCCACUACAUGGACUGGGACUACACAUACAACGAGUUUAUAUGCUCUGUCUUGUAUCCAAGGCUGAAGGAGACCCGCGAUCCUUUGUAUGCAGUUUACAUGUUUACUGUUGUAUUUAAUGCGCUGCGUGUGUUUGGACACAUUGAAAGUGUCGAGCUUGUAUUUGAAAAGCUCAAGGAGUUUAUGGAUGAUGGAUCCGACCUUUCUGUAGUUUCCUAUCUAUUUAUCAAGCAGAUAGAUCCUGAAAGGGCCAAUAGAUGGUAUAGAUCCCGGAUGGGCAGCAUCAAGCAUGUUGAUGGGGAGUAUCUGAGGAGUCUGCUGCUGUAUUAA